AUGAUGAAGUGUCUAAUUUGGAAUGUUCGGGGAAUAAAUAAGAGAUACAAGCAAAAGGAGCUGAAACAGUAUCUCAGGAAUAAUAAUAUUAAGCUUGCAGGUUUGAUUAAAACCAGGGUUAAACAGGGCAAACCUAAUGGUACACUGAAUAUUAUUGCUAGAGAUUGGGGUUGUUCAAACAACUACAAUGCAGCCAGUAAUGGUAGGAUUUGGAUUAUGUGGGAUCAAGCCUUCUAUAAUAUUACUACUUUGGUUUUUGAGGCUCAAUUUCUACACUGUUUGGUUCAUGAUAUCACUAAUACUCUAGAAUGGGAGCUAACAGUAAUCUAUGGUUUUAAUACCAUAGAAAUUACAAGGACACUAGGGGAAGGGUUACUCAACCUCUCUCUAACAGUAUCAAAACCAUGGAUGUUCUGUGGUGAUUUCAAUGCUACUCUGUACUUUGUGGAUAGGAGAGGUGGUAAUCCAAUAACAGUGGGAGAGGUGAAAUAUUUUACUGAUUGUCUUCAGCAAAUUGGUGCGAGUGAAUUGAUGUGGAGGGGAGAAUAUUUUACAUGGAGCAACAAACAGUUAGGUGCUGAUAGAAUAUGUAGCAAGAUUGAUAGGGCGUUUGGAAAUUUUGACUGGAUAAUGAAUUGGAGACAGGUAUAUAUUGAAUAUGGGCUGCCUAACUUUUCAGACCACUCCUCUAUACUCUUUUCAGUUGCUAGCCAAACAUCAAAGAUCAAAGUCCCUUUCAGAUUCUUCAACACUUGGUGUGAUCACUCAAAGUUUGAGGAGAUUCUCAAAACUACUUGGGGAAAAAACAAAGCCAGGGAUAAUAUGGAGAAUAUUUGGCUCAAACUAAAGGCCCUCAAACCUGGGUUACAAAAGCUAAACAAGAACGAAUUCAAGAAUAUUACCACCAAGAUAGAACAAGCUAGAACAGAACUUGGAAUUGUCCAGCAAACCAUUCGCACCCAAGUCUCUGAUCAGCUUCUCAUCAGAGAGAAAGAGCUCCUAGUAAACCUUGAAAAAUGGUCUUUGAUUGAAGAAAGUGCACUACAACAGAAAUCCAAGGCUAGGUGGAUCAAACUUGGUGAUUCUAAUACCAAUUAUUUUUCUACCAUCAUCAAGGAGAGAACACAGAGAAAACAGAUCUUUGAACUAGUAUCUACUACAGGUACUAGACUUCUAGAUCAACAAGAUAUCAAACAUGAGAUUUUGACUUUCUAUAAAGAAUUACAGGGUACCUCAAAUAGCUCUUUACCAGCAGUUGACCAGAACAUAAUAAGCAAAGGACCUGUACUUGAUAAUACUCAACAACUACAACUGUUAGCCCGAGUCAGUGAAGAAGAAAUUCAAAAUGCUCUCAAAUCAAUUGGUGAUGAUAAAUCUUCUAGAAUUGAUGGCUACAAUGCUUUCUUUUUCAAAAGAGCUUGGAGUAUUAUUAAAACUGAUCUUGUCCGAGCAGUUCAGGACUUUUUUGUCACGGGCAGAAUAUACAAGCCAAUAAACCGCUCAGCUAUUACUUUGAUUCCAAAGAAUGACAAUCCAACUACUAUCAAAGAAUACAGUCCUAUUGCCUGUUGCAUAGUGGCAUACAAGGUGAUUACAAUGGUGUUGGCUGCCAGGAUUCAGAAAGUUAUAGCCUCAGUAAUAUGUGAAGCCCAAGCAGGUUUCAUUCCUGGCAGGAAAAUAGCAAACAAUGUCAUUCUAGCACAUGAGUUAGUCAAAGCAUACACUAGAAAGGGUGUCUCUCCUAGAUGCAUGGUGAAAAUAGAUCUCCAAAAAGCCCAUGAUUCAGUGGAAUGGGCUUACAUUGAACAAGUACUAGAAGGACUGAACUUUCCCACAAAAUUCAUAUGCUGGAUCAUGCAGUGUGUUACCACUGUGAGCUACUCAAUACUCAUUAAUGGAGAGCUUUCUGAGCCUUUUACUACUGCUAAGGGACUGAGACAAGGAGAUCCCAUUUCCCUUUUCCUCUUUGCCAUAGCAAUGGAAUAUUUGAGUAGAAGUUUGAAUGGACUAAAGGAACAAUAG